AUGGAGAUGCAACGUGCCAAAGUGAAGUCAUUCCAUUCGACACCGGGCAGCAACUUGAUGGGAUCUGAGUAUGCCUUGUUUGAGGCGGAGAGGACAGAGAGGGUGGAGGAAAGAUCCACAGGGAUCUGGGAUCCCGGCGCACAGAUUGCACAACCCGAGCAUAAUUGUGGGGUGUCCCGAAGAGGCAAUUCGGAGGGAAACUCAUGGGAUGGUGAGGUCAUCGGUCUGAUUAAUGCUUCCUUUUUCGAAGUUGUCCAUAUACCAGAGACAUUCCAGUACCGUUCUUACAUGGACAUCUAUAUCACUGCCUUAACAGACCAUGUCUGA